ACAACCACCAUUUCUCUCUCUAAAACCACUCACUUGCUCUCUGUGCAGUGUGCACCACCGUCGUAAGGCACCAUGCCUGAGGCUGAGGCACCGAACAACGACUCCACCACCCUGACGGACUACAAUCUCACCGAGAAAAACAAAAAGUGUCUUCAAUUCAUCGAAGACGUCACCUCGAACCCCGACAACGUCCAACGACAGAUCCUCUCCGAAAUCCUCACCCAAAAUGCCAACGUCGAAUACUUAAACCGCCAUGGUCUUUCCGGCUACACUGAUCGUGAAACGUUUAAAAAACUUGUCCCUGUUGUUACCUAUGAAGAUCUCCAAAACGAUAUUACACGCAUCGCGAAUGGCGAUAAAUCCCCGAUUCUUUCCUCCCACCCGAUAUCCGAAUUCUUAACAAGUUCUGGGACAUCUGGAGGAGAGAGAAAACUGAUGCCCACCAUUGAAGACGAGCUCGGAAGAAGGUCUUUAUUAUACAGUCUUUUGAUGCCAGUGAUGAACCGGUUUGUACCCGGUUUGGAUAAAGGCAAAGGCAUGUAUUUUCUAUUUAUAAAAUCCGAAGCAAAAACCCCCGGUGGGCUCGUGGCCCGACCCGUUUUGACAAGUUACUACAAAAGCUCCCAUUUUAAAGAAAGACCUUACGACCCGUAUACAAAUUACACGAGCCCGAACGAAACCAUUCUUUGCCCCGAUUCGUAUCAAAGCAUGUAUUCCCAAAUGCUUUGCGGGUUGUACCUAAACAACGAAGUUCUUCGGGUCGGGGCUGUUUUUGCUUCGGGAUUCAUCCGGGCUAUUCGGUUUUUUAGAAAAGCAUUGGAAUCUUUUGAGCCAUGA